GGCCGUCAGAGCGCAAGGCCCGGCACGAGCAAGGCUGGACUUUUUCGAAACACAUCACCAGAACAAGACCAGAGUGCCGAGGAAGAGACAAAAAGACAGUAAUUUCUUCUUAUCCUCACCACUCCCUCCCUUUUAGACACAACCCCCCCCCACCGGGCAGACCGGCGCUGCACGCUAUUAUGCCCUACCUUCCGUGGUGAACCCGUUACUUGCCUCCGUACCUCUUGGAUGACCCGACCCAAGCCAACUUGCCGUUUUGCCCUGCCCUGUCUUGCGUCGCAUCACAUUGAUCCGCACGCCUCCUCCCGGGAAACCCUCCCACGGCGCCUGCCAUGUUCCAACGCUGGAAAGGCUCCCUCGACAGGGUCAUCGCCGAGGAGCAGGCCCGCCAGAAGGCAGCCAGCGAACAGGCUGGCUCCGGGAGCAGCAGCGGCAGCCCCAGGCAGUCUUCGUCCGUCUCUAGGAGCAACAGCGCCGCAUCCGCUGCCAGGAAACCCAGGCCAAAGAAGCAGAGCCAGGACGUCUCUAAGAACGACGAUGGCGCGGCGAACCUGGACCCUGCUGUCUUCGAGGCCGCCUUUGUCAUAGACGACGACGAGCCCAGCCGCGCAAACACCCCCAAGCCUCCUUCCGACGACAACGCCCCGCAGAACGGCGAUGGGAGCGACGGCGGGCCUGUCAGUGGCGAGGCUGGCUCUUCGACUAAGACUGAAGGCGAUGGGGAGCUUGCCAAAGAUGCCGAGGCCGGGGCGGAAGACGACGAGCAGAAGCCUGCGCCGCCGCCCAAAAGCGAGACCCCCGAGCUGCCGCCAGACAUACGCACCAAGCUCCGGAAGCUGGAGAAGCUCGAGGCUACGUAUCCAGAACUGCUGCGCUCCUACCGGAUAGCCCAUAGCCGAGCCACCUCCAUCGAGCCUUUCGAACGCGCCCUCCGCGAGAACACUCCUCUCACAUCCAUCAAGGAUCCAACUGCCUUCCUCGAAUAUCUCAACCAGCUGAACCUCAAGGGGGAUAUGAUCAUGGAAGAGUUCAAGCGCGUCUCUGCCGAGAAGGACGACUUCAAGAAGAAGUGCGAUGCUGCUGACAAGGAGAUUGCCGAGCUCAAAGAGAAGGUCACCUCUCUCGAGGCUGCUAAAAGUGGUGAGGGCGAGGCGACCGCACCUGGAAAUCAAGCGAGCACCGGCGAAUCCGACAGGGCCCAGGCAACGACUCAGACAUCUCCGCGCCCGUCAGACGUCAAAUCCCCCGUGCAGUCCGUGAUGGGCCUUUUCUCCCCCAAGCAGAAGCCAGCAGAGCCCAGCGAUGCCAAGGACGGAGAUGCUGAGGGGACUGGCGAGGACUUCUUCUCGUACGAUAACGAGAUCCCAGAGCUGCAGGCUGAAGUGGCGUCGAAGAACGAGGAGAUCGAGAAGCUCAACAUCCUUGUCAACGACCUCAAGUCCGAGCUUGCAACGGCCAAGGACAACAGCGCCGGCCUCGUCGAGAACCUCGAAAAGGCAACCCGAGAGCUGAGCGAGACGCGGGACGGUGCAGCCAUGGCCGACUCUCUGCAGUCACAGGUCGACGCGCGGAAUAUCGAGAUCAAGACCCUGACGGAACGCAUCGAGAAGCUGGAGGCACAGUUGAAGGACCUCCAGGACCAGCUCCAGCUGGAGAAGGCAGCAACAGCAACGGCCAUCAAAGAGAAGGACGAGAGACUGGCCGAGACAAGUGCCUUGCACUCGGAGCUCGAGAGCGGGCUGACCAAGGUCACGGAAGCCAAGGCCGCCCUCGACACGCGCAUUGUCGACCUGACCACCGAGAUCAAGGCCCUGCGCCAGUCGAAGCUGGAGAAUGAGCAAAAGAUCGAGGAGCUCAGUGCUCAGGUCCAGGCCACGCAGGCGCCGCCUACACCGUCAACGACCGCACCAUCCGAGUCCCUCGAAGUCCCUGCCGCGGCACCACAGCCAUCCUCAUCCAACAAGAAGAAGAACAAGAAGAAGAAGAAGGGCGGGGCAGCUGGAACCGCGCCCCCUGCUGAGACCACGAACAAUGCUGGCGACACUACGCCGCAGCCUCCGGCGACACCAAUUGACGGCCCUUCAGUUUCUGAGUUGCAGCUCGAGAUCGCGAGCCUCAAGUCCGAUGUGGAGAAGAAGGACGAGCAGAUCGAGAGAUUAUCCAAGCAACGCAAGACAGAAGAGGAUCUUAGGGAAGAAAUCGAGACACUACGAGAAAAUAUUCUGGACAUUGGCGACGAGCAUGUCCAAGCCAAGGACAAGAUCAAGGGCCUGGAGGCCGAGAGGAAGCAGCUCCAGGAGCGCAUUGCUGAGCUCGAGAAGGAGCUGGAGCAGUCCUCCUCGUCUGCGCAAACUAAUGACAAACUACAGGGCGAAUACGAUACCAUGAAGAAGGAGUUUGAGGAUUUGAAGACCAAGUCGUCGACGCUACAGUCCGACCUGGGCGCUGCGCAACAGCUGGCCCAGAGCAGGUACAGAGACCUGACCGAGCUUCGCGAAGUCCUGCAGAAGGCUCAGCCAGAACUCAAGAGUCUCCGCCAGGAGGCUGCCACCCUCAAAUCCACAAAGGACGAGCUGGCUGCCAAGGUUGCCGAGCUCCGAGCGAUGGAGAAGCGCGAAAAGGAGCUGAAGACCGAGGUCUCGCGCGCACAGCGGCUGGCAACCGACCGCGAGACGGAGACAAAGACACUCCGCGAGAAGCUCACGGCCGAGACAAAUGCCAAACUGACGCUCGAAAACGCACAGCGCAUUUCGGGCCGUGACCUGCGCAAGGCGGAGACCGAGAAGAUUGAGCUCAGCGCCAAGGAGGAGAAGGCGACGCGGGAGCUGCAGAGACUACAGGAGGAGAUGUCUAAACUACGGCCGCGGGUGAAGGAGCUUGAGGACGAGUGUGCCAAGCUGCGCAAGGAGGCGGACAUUGCCAAGGAGGACGCGGAGCUCAAGACGAGCCAGUACACCAACGCGCAGAACCUGCUAGGCAGCAUGCGCGACCAGACUCACGAGCUCAGCAUCCAGCUCAAGGAGUCCCAGGGCCAGGCAGAGAGCCUCGAGGAGGAGAUAUCCGAGUGCCGCAAGCUGCUCGGCGAGCGCACCAGAGAAGCGGAGACCAUGCGCCGCCUCCUCGCCGAGGCCGACGAACGCGCCAACUCCAAGUCCAGGGAGAUGCACGAGCGCGUCGAAGAGGCCGAGAAGGAACGCGACCGGUUCGAGCACGAGAUGCUGUCUUCCUCACGACGUGCGAAUCGCCAGACCGAGGAGCUAAAGCAGCGCAUCAAGGAGCUCGAGAAGGAGAGCAAGACCCUUGCGGACGAGAAGGACGAGCUCGAGCACAAGGAGCGCGAGUGGCGCCGCAGGCGGGAGGAGCUCGAGGCGGUGGAGGCCAAGGCGGACGAGGAGGUCAACGAGAUGCGGCGCACGGUAAACGACCUGCGUGCCACGCUGGAUGCCUCAGAACAGCAGGUGCGCGACGCGGAGAAGGCCAGGAACGAGCUCCGGCGCAGCCUCGACGACUACAGGAUCCGCCACGACAAGCUGGCCAAGGAGCUCAAGAUUGCUCAGGGCAAGCUUGCCGCCACGGGAGUGAACAGCCCGGCGGCCGGCAGCAGGGGCAGCAUGGAGAGCCAACGGAGCGGUGGCGGCAAUGGAGCUGCGGCUGGCGCAGGUGGGGGUGGCGUGGAUGCGGUCUAUCUCAAGACGAUCAUGCUGCAGUUCCUGGAGCAGAAGGACAACAAGCUCAGGGCACAGCUCGUGCCGGUGCUGGGAAAGCUGUUGAGGUUUGACAAGGCCGAUGAGCAAAAGUGGAUGGCAGCUGUCCAGCAGAUCGGGGCACGAUGAUCGCAAGAGGCGGGGGCCCGCAAGCAUGUCUUAUUUACGACUUAGCCAGUUCGUGGAAGCGAGGGAGCCACGCCUUAGCCAAUAUGAAAAGCGAGGGAGCCAAUCCAAUGCAAUAAUUCCAACCGCCCUUGGCAACGAUAGUGUAUGCCAGCUCGCGUUUGCCUCUCGACGGCAUCAUCAAUCGAGAUUCGCGGUCGUUCAGCCAUACCAUAUGACGCCGAAGAUGUGACUAGGAUGAUUAGGACACGUUGACAGACCCCCGAGCCAUCAGGCAUUGCCGGUCAGGAUGCGAAUCUCUCAAGAAGCGGCAUGCCGAGGAUGGCAGACUUCACGUGAACAAUAUAGUUGGCCAAACGAUGCCGCCGCGGCAUACAGCAGCAUUGAUUGCUGCCUCUUGCGGGCUGUGCCCGUAAAUGGGACGGACCAUGUGUCAACGGCCUAACUCCGACCAUCAGGAGGCUGUGCUAACCACCAUGGGGGAGUAUUUAUCCGCAAUGGCGGCUUCUUUGGUCGAAGUGCGAUGCGGUGUGACCUCCCAUAGGACGGUUCCGAUGACAGUGAGACAUCUCUUCCUCGUCCCCGCGGCGGCUUCCCUCUUGUGGGUGGUGGAGAUGCACGCCUGUCACUGGAGCUACGUUUCUGGACCCCGGCACACACAACCCAACGCACGGUCAGAAGGCACGUCCUUCCGUGGCAGGCAGGGCGGUGGCACCGAGCUGAAGGUUAUUCCUCGGUCGGCGUGCGGACGCAACUGUCGGUGGACGCGAGGAAAAUAAACAGAUGAAAAGUCGGGAGGCCCGGGUCGGUUUCGCAAAGUCCUGCACACCUGCUUUCUUGGGCAAACCGAACCCAGGGUCUUUCGUGCAGACGGCCAGAACGGCAUGGCCAAGCAUUGGGCCUCAAGAGCUGAGCUCACCGACGCCGACAAUGAAGAUCUGGAUGCCCAGGGCCAUGGGUUCGCUUCCUCCUUUGGCAGGUCCAGGCGGUAUGUUCAGUGCUUUCCUACGUCGGGGCCCUUAUCAGAUCACAAAACCUAAUAUCAAAUCUCUGUCCCGCCUGCCUGGCUAGACCGUUCUCUUUGCUGUUGCGUUGGAUUAUCAAUAGGCCGCUCUGCUUUGUACUCAAAAUAAACAUGGCGGUGGGCAGGAAAUGACAGUUCGCAUGUGGAGUCCCCGGUGGAGGCGGCUGAAGAGCGAAAACGAAGUGGGGCCGGUGAAGGAGGGAGGUACCCGUUAGGAGCUGCCGGUGAGGGCAUUCGCCACUGGGCGUGAGGAGGAGGUGAAGGAGGAGGAACGACUGCCACCAACCCGAAAGGAUAUUUCGCCCGGCAGGCAGGCACGCAACCUUCCGGGCAAUCGGUCCAGUCGGCCACCAUCAUGGCGUUGGUCGCCCCGACGGGUAGGGAGGUCAGCGCGGAAUGCGCCGCUCAAUGGCCGCUCAGCCCUCCUGGGCGACUGCGGCGGGCACGGAGCAUUUGCCCUGAACGUGAUGGGCCAGGUUCAAUGCUUGUCCUUGCCGCUGCGCCUGUGUGCACGGAGUACACGCUCAUCGGCUGGAGAGCUCGAAAGCUCGGAUGCCCGUAUCCGAAACAUGGCAAUCUGGGCAUCUGGCGAGCGCGCAAGCAUAUGCCCCACGGGCAAGACCAGGCCUGGCUGGGUGUUGAGGCUCGGCAGUAGCCCUUGUAAGACCCGAGCCCAGGGCCCUUGUUCGACCUCCAAAGGGGCUGAAAUAAGAGCGAUACGUAACGGGGUCGGUUACAUCGACUUGUGAGCGCUUCUCCGGCGAACUGGCGCGGGGACCCGUCAUGCUGAGUGGCCCGGUGAGAAAAGAUUGUGACGGACCUAGCUCGUCCUGCAGAGUUGCGUUAUUGCGUACUGUGCUAGCUCGCUGCUUGCCUGCCUACCACUCCGCCUACCAAGCUGUUCACUUGCUUGCGGAUAUGUGGGAGGGCAUAUCGAAUAAGGUUUCUUAAGUGGAUCUCGAUGGGCCGCCUGUGCUACAUUGUCGACCCAUACGCAUGCAACCAUAAACAAAAGUACGGUUCUUCCCAGCCCUGCCGGAGACUCGGGCAGGCACAUUGGCUCGAAAACGCCGCGGACUUGCGCGUGCGAGAGAUAGAUGCGGAAUGCACACAGCUAGCGGGCUCAGUCUGGCUCCUAGACUCGGAUUGUUGGGACCGGCGUGUCGACUAAUAGUGACCAGGAGCAGUCGAGGUGCAACGCCAAUGGCAGUGACAGAUGUGGUGUUGUGGGUCAGCAGGAUAGUCUGCUAAUGUUGUUUCUAUCUGACAUUAUUUGACUCCGUCACAGCAAACAGUACAUAUAAUUCGUGCGCAUACAGUGGUUGAUCAUCCACUGCUGGGGCGCGCGCUUCCUGGACGGAAG